UCGCUUUUGUGACAUCGGUUAGCAGAAAGCGUCGUUAGCCCUCUUGCGGGCUUAAUGUUUUAUUAGUUAGCUGCUAUAGUUGCAGUAGGUAGCUCACUCAUUCGAAGGUCAAUGACAAAGAUGAUCUAUUAUAUUGACAAGAUAGUCGAGUGAUGGCACUAACAAUGGAAAUAUUUCCACGAAGAUGGAAGGUAGGCGAGAUCAGGUGGGACCAUUCCAGCCAAUUAGAGGGCAGAUAUGCUUGUGAACAGGCACAACUCCGAUUUAAAGUUUUUUUUUUUUGCCAAAAUGCCACGUGCGUCCACUGUCAGUGCAUUCGUAACAACAUAACCAGUACAUAACUUAUAUCACAUCAAAUAAACCUCAAGUAGGAAAUGAGCGAUUACAUUUUUUUGUUUAACAAAUUCGUCACCGACUCUCAUACAAAAAAAAAUACUUCGUGGUCUUAUUUCUUGGACAGAUUUUGAGCGCCGUAAACGCUCUCGCUUCGCCUUCUCUGACGUUCAUCCAUGUAGCUCGAGCAACAACGUUAUAAAGUGCAGCUAUGAGUUUGCUGUUCCUGAAAUUAUGCGACGCAGCAAGAAAUGGACAAAAACGUGCGCAAGCUUCGAAGUAAAGAUAUAAACCCAUGCAUUGAAGAAAGUGAUGGUUCUCAGAAAUGUUUGGAUGCCAAUAACUAUGAUAAGAACAUGUGUUCUGCAUAUUUUCUGAGAUACAAAAACUGCAGAAAAUACUGGCACAACCUCAUGGUGAAUAGGAGACGAGACGGCGUGAAGCCUGACAUGCCCACUGCUGAGGAGCGCCAGGAGAUUCUAGCUGCCAUUGGAGGCAAGCCCUAUUGAGGCAGUGGCAAGACCAGUAGAAGGAAACACUGGAGUGGGGUGUAGACCAUACUUUCCAGUAAAGCUCUUGGUCAGACACCUUCUUUAUGAAGGUCUGAGAGCUCCUCCACACACCUCACCAUUAUGAUGCUGACCGUGCCCCAAGAGGUGCCUCUGCGGCACUGUGUGCUGCUAGCCACUAAAGGUUGAUGGUGGCGUUGAAACCUGUCAAGUACCGAUAUCAAUGAUCAAAUCACUACAGUAUGACUAAUGCUGUAAUCUGGCAAUGAAUGUGCAUAGCUGGUUAGUAUGAGUGGAGCUAUAUGGAAAAGCACUUCAAGUUGCCUUCAUGAAUCAAAUGUUUUUAAUAAUCUUUAAAGAAAGAACUGGAAAGACUAUGGACUUACUCACCUUUAUUUGCAAGCCUUGCCAGCAUCACUGAAAAUAAACUGAAUCUGUGUUUGUAAAAUUAUUUUAUUUGGUGUACUUUUUCACAAUCGCGUAAAAGCAUUUUUUGUUUUUAAAAUAAGCAUUGUGUGCAGGAUUCAUUCAUCGGUUCACAAUCUGUCCUUGUAUUCAAUGCAUAGGCUGGGUUGCUCAUAGUUUUGGAGACUCCAUUGCUAUACAUAAUAGGAAAUAAGGUGAAUACAAUGGCGGAACACCACUGAUAUGAACGUAUAGCCUCAAUCCACACAAGCUCUAUAAUGGAAGGUGACCAUGUUGGAGAUGAUUUACUUGGAACCCAACUUCACUCUGAAUGUCAGCAAUAUUGUACAAAAUCAUACGAGUCCCCAUUACUUAGAGAUUUCUCGAUAUUGUACAUGGUAUGACACUGAUGGGAUUGAAUUAGAAUUCCGUGCAGUAGUAUUUACUCAUUGCCGGAAACAGUUAACGUAUUUCUCUUCGGGUGAACAUUUUGUUUUAAUAUUCUGAAAUAAAGACUACAAUUCA